AUGGCUGCCCGUCAACCUAGAUUCAAUCAGCAAGUCUUGAUUGACACUACCCCAUUACCUGCUGAUAUUCCACCCGUCACAGAAAUUGGUAGCAGUUCGGCGCCAUUAUUGUCCGCGAGUUUCUUUAUCGGCGCAAGAUGCAGACCUUACAAUGAUGAUUUCAUGCAAUGCAAGAACGACAAUCCUGGAAAGGGAGAGAUUGAUUGUUUGAAGGAGGGCCGAAGAGUUACCAGGUGUGCGAGGAGCGUAAUUGAAGAUGUGAACAAACACUGUCUUGAGGAGUUCAGGAAACACUGGAAAUGCCUCGACAAUAACAACCAACAACUAUGGCAAUGUCGACCACAAGAGUGGAAGCUUAACAAAUGUGUCUUUGACAAUCUGAAAAUCGAGAAGGUUAUUCCAGAUACCCCCGCAGGCGAAACCCCUGUGCAUCUACCCAAAUCUGUCAAAGAUGAGCCUGGCGCAUCUCCAUCUUCCGACGACGAGUCUCUGUUUGUCACCGACAGAAAGAAGCCAACUCCUGAAGUCCCACUGAGGAAGCAGAUCAGCUUCAUGACUGCAGCCCGUAAAGCGACUUCAGAAUCCAAGUCCAGCAAGCCAUUAGCAGAGCUGUCAUUGCGGGGAACCUUGAAGCCAGCAUCAAUGUCUAGACCGAAAGUUUUAUGGCAGAGCGAUCUCUCCGAGGAAGAUCUUGUACAGAAAGUAAAUAUUCAGGAAGAGGCUGCCGAACAUGCCAAUACCUUCAUGAUUGCAGCUACAGACUGUUUGGAGGCUGCUCGCUUCAGUAUUCCAACCGUCAAGCACAGGAUAGAUAGGCACAUGCAAGUUUACAAAGAAAAGAGGGAAUGUCGAAUGCACAUUGGGUUCCUUGGUGGCAGUGGAACUGGCAAAUCAUCUGUGAUCAAUGCACUUCUCGGCGAAAGGUAUCUAUUACCUGUCAGUGAUGAAGAAGCUUCAACGGCUGUUAUCGUUGAAGUUUCGUACAAUCAUAGUGACGCACCUGACUGCUCAUAUCGUGCCUCUAUUGAAGGAGUCAGCGAGUCCGAAAUUAGAAAAGAGCUCGAAGAGCUUUAUGAAGACAAAGCAAAAUGGGACUCGGAUAUUGAUCGGGGAGAGGAUAGGGACGCGGAGAUCAUGCGAAGAAUGCAAAAUACUGUUAAAAAGUUCAAGUGUGUGUUUCCUGAGCUCGAAUCUCUCAACGACUGGGCCAAAACUUCAGUCGAUAAGCUUUUAGUUAGAGACUGUCCCCGAUAUCUAAUGGACAAGAAACGCAUCAUUGAAGCUGGAGAUCUCAAACAAUUUUCUAGUAAGAUCAAGCCAUACAUUGACACCAGCAAAAAAAAAGAUGGCACUGUCAGUAUUUCAUGUUGGCCAUUCGUCAAGGUCGUGAGACUUUUUACCAAGUCAUCUAUUCUCAAGGGUGGCAUUGUAUUUGUCGACCUCCCAGGCGUUCACGACACUAGCGCAGCUAGGAAUGCCAUUUCUCGCAAACAUAUGAAAAAUCUGAACAUCUCCUGUGUUCUCGCGCCUGGCGUAAGAGCUGCGACUGAUGAAGGCGCUAUUGAGAUUCUCGAUUCCGUACACAAGAGAAGCAUGCAGUUUGAUGGGAUUUUCAAUGCAAACUCACUUUUUUUUGUCAUCUCCAAAAUCGAUCAUUCCUUGGAUGUGAAUUAUUACAUCGACACUCAUGAAGAACUGAAACUCAGAUUGGCCCAAGAUCUUGAGCACCGACAAAAUAGAGAUAAACGCCUGAAAGAAAUCGACAUUGAAUUGGAUGAACUCACUUCACAAAUCGCAAAGGGAAUUAAGAAUCUAAAGAAAUUAGAUGAUAAGCUUCAAGCAAUGACUGACACAGAAGAAGCCAGUCAAAAACGCAAACGUGAUGUGAAUGAUGAACCUACACCGACGAUGACAACACUUUCUCAAGUCAAAAAUGCUCGAAUCUAUGUGGAAAAAGAACACAAUAAAGUUCUGAAAAAACACUGGAAAGCCCAAACUAUCAAGGAGACCAUCGGAAAGGAUUUGGCAAACACUGACUGCCGAAUCAAGGCUGAGUGUAUCAAGAAUAGAUGCCAAGUCCAGAUCCAAAAAGUCACCGAGGAAUAUCAAUCUGGUAUGCGAGAACUUGGGGACGAAGAGGCUACAACCCCGUUGCGAAUUUUUUGUGUCUCUGCGCAAGGAUUUCGACAUCUGAAUGAUGGCUACCAAGCCAAGGCACUUGAGAGUGGAUUUUUCACGAAAAAUGAUACUGGCAUUCCUAAAUUUCGUGAUGCUCUGAUUGCCACUACAUGGGAAACUCGUUUGAAAAAUGCUUGUACAUUCAACGAAGAGGUUGCAAAUGCAGCGAGAUUGCUUGACGUGUGGUCAGCUGAUACAAUCGCUGACUUCAAGAUGUUAGCUCAUGAGCGAGCUAUUGUCGAAACGAAGCUUGAUAGUCUAUAUGGAGCUUUAGAAAAAGAAUUUGAGAAGCUCAAUCUAGAAACCUGCAGUGCUGUCGAGAAGCUUUUUGUAGAUGAAUUCUACACUCACUUUGAUGAUCUCGCGAAAAAGGCAUAUGCUGAACAGAGAAUUUUAGUCCUCGAUACGUGGCUAGAUCAAACACCCUGGAAUACUUACAGAGCAAUCAACAAGAGGCAGGGAGUAUGGCUUCGACGUGGUAAAAAGACAUUGGAUUGGAAUGAAGAUAUGAAUAAGGUGUUUUUACAACCUUUCACGAAACUAUGGGAAGAAGUUGUUCACCAAAAGCUGCCAGCAUUUAACAAGCCUUAUCACGAUAGAGUCGAAAGUCUCAUCACAGAUUUCGUCGAGCUGGCUUUAGGUGCAGCUGAUGAUAUCUCUUUUGCCAUUCGGGACAGUUUUGAGAAUAUCAAGGAUGGUGUUCUAGCACACCGACGCCGACUCAAGCGGGGUGCCGAUGACACAUUUGAUGGUAUCGAUGCUUCUUCCAAAGAUAUCUGGAGACUUGUUAAAUCAGAGUGUGGAGAAACAUGGGAAGAAGUCUACGAAACAUGUGGUAAUGAAUCAGGACCUGGUCUCUUUCAACGCAGCAAAAAUGCUCAUCUGGCCCACCUCGAAGGUGACGGUGGUCUUGCAAUGUACAACAAUGCAUCUUCUAAAAUGAAAAAGGCUUUCGAGAAAGCUUUCGGAGAGGCCUCUACUAAACUCGAGAAAAAUUUCGUCAACAGCCUAGAUGCGAUUAAGAAAGAAUUCAAUGACGUUCUUGAACACCACACAGCCGCAGGAACUCGUCAUAAUUCAAGAAGAGUUACCUCAACUAUGAAGGUCAAGUUGCGCCAUGCUCUCGAACCCCAUUUCAAACAGCUUUACAAGGCCUGGGAGGCUAAGCCAGAAGUUGCAGCUCAGAAGCAGCCAGCUCCAGUCGAAGAUGAGCCUUCAGACGGCGAGCUUUCAGAUGACAUGGCCGACUUGUUGAGGCUGGGAACUCAAGAACCUGACGGCGAAAUUCUAAAAUCUGAGGAUCAAGACUUUUUCUAG